AUGGCAAAGCCUGCAGUGUACUUCAUUCGUAUGAAUAAGUCUACUACCGCGGAGGAGCCGGACCUUUUCAACGACGUUGAAAUAAUGGAAGUCGGAGAUUUUACGGAAAGCGACGAAAAUUACGUUUCGGUAGAGUUGCGUUCUGACGACGAAGACGACGAUCGUAUAAUACUUGAUGCGAACGAAUUUUCGCCACCAAAAUCGUUGCUACCAGCUGAGUUUGAAACCAUGCCGGCCGAAACAUCCACGUAUGCCAUGAAUUCCUCGGUACAGAACAAUCGUUUUCUAGCUGACCAUGAGUAUUUGAACGACAGCACGACUAGCGGUAUGUGUGCACCAGAGUUUGAAGCGACAGCUGCCGGAAGCAUUACGAGCCAAGUCGAGCAUACUAGCAGCGAGCGGUUUAGUGUCCCGUACGUUGAAGAUCUUGGGCUGCACGAUUUGUUUAACAAGGAUAACGCUCCGGAUGGGGCAACGUUGUUGGACAACGAAGAAAGCGAUGAGGACACAGAGUUAGACCAGCUGGAAAUAAAAAUCGAAAUUGGAGAGCCGCAAAUUCAAGAGACAAUCAUGGAUACCGAUUUCAUUGGGAAUGAACAAAUUGCCAUCGAUGGUUUGCGCGAAGAAGACGAAGACCCCUGUUACGACAUAUUGCGGUCGCUCGACAGUACGUUGGCUGAUUGCGAGACAAGUAAAAGAUCGUUGCUGGAUAAUGAUCACUCCUAUACGACGUUAUACAUCAAAUCUCCGCAGUGCAGUGACCAGGACGAUUCGGCCUCCGAUGAUGAUGGAAGCAGUUUUAGGAAAUUGAUAAAACUUUCUAAUAAAUUGGCCAGCGUGGGUGAUGUUAGCACCAUGAGUGGUAAACAAACGGCAGAAAGAAUUGACGUGACCGUAAGGAGAUUACUUGAACGCUCGAAAAAGAAUGGCAAAGAUGUGGUGGAAAAUGAACAGCCUGUCACGGAAGGUUCGACGACAGCGAACGGUGAUAGCCCGGACAGAUUGUCAGUGUUGCUAUCCACCAACUGCUCGGAACGUUUGGAAGACGACGGAGCUCUUCCAUUGUCUAGUGGUUCGCCGAAUGGACAGGUACAUGAAUCAUCUGGCUCGGACACAGACUGUUCAACAGAAGGUACAUUGCUCGAUAACCUAUUAUCAUUAGGGAACAAAUUUGCAAAACAAUAUGAACAAUGGAUAGAGAAGACGAAAAGCGAAAUAAAAUUGGUAUCCGCCCCGAAGAAGGCUUCCGAAUUAGCACAAUUACUGCAAAAGAUUAAUAGACAGAGCGAGCAGAUUUCAAAGAUACGCCAGUGUUCGUCCGAAUCGAACGCUAGUAGCUCAAGAUGUAGGGUGGAAAUAGCCGUACAGACGGAUAGUUCAAAGCCCAGACAACGGGAAUUGAAUGAAAAGUCCAAACAAAAAUUGCUCAAUUCUUUGAGCAAUAGCAGCAGCGAUCAAUCCGGCAGCGAGGGUUCAAAUAUGGCGCGAAGCACGGAUACCGAUAGUGAUGGUGACGACAUGAUGCAAGAGUUUGUCAGACGCAACAAACGAUUGCGAAAAAGUGCCAAAGACACACAGAAAGCUAGCAAAGAUGCUGGAAAAGACAAGCCCGCUGGUAGUAAAAUUUACUCAGAUAGCAGUGCGGACGAGGAGAAGCAUUCCGGGCGGGAUAGUGAACGUGUGGAUGGGGACGAAAACCUUCUCGACGGUGUGCUGAGCGGAGUAGACGACAUUAUUUCCGAUUGCCCGGACGUGAUGGGUGUGAUGCAGGAUUACUUUCAGAAGGCAGAAGAACGGAAAGACGAAGAGGAACGUUCGCCGAAAGAAAGUCGACCUACUAUCGAUGAACAACUAAGCAAGGAAAAUUCUACCAAGGUGCUAGAUAAGGCUUUGGCUACAAAACAUGUUAAAGACAUGACCGAAGCCGAGCGGGAGGACUAUGAAGACAUGGAGAUCGAACGAUUGUGUAAUUUGAACAACAUUGUCGGCAGAAGUGCUUCUAAUGUUGUCUCAGAAAAUACGCAAGCUACGGUAAAAACGAAGGGCGCUAAAGAGCUCGCCUCUUUCGCUAAAAAGAAAAAGGCAGAAGACAGUAUGGAACAGUUUUUAAAUGAUGUAAACGGCACAGACCACAUGAUUCCACUCGAAUCACACUCAGAGGAAUCAAGCGAGAGUGAAAAGGAUGUGGUGGAAACGGAAGAACAAUUUUUACAGAAGUGCAAUGAAACCGUCAAGCUGCAGCUGCUGAAUGAGUCCACCAGCAGCAGUGGGGAAAUGACUGAAACAGAUCAGGACGAUCGGAGCGAUACCAGCGAUGACACAAAUCAAAAUGGAUCCGACGAAUCUUCUGGCUCGUUGGUGGAAAACUUUCUGAAACGACACGGUAACAAAAUAAUGAAGGUUAAAGAAAAGAAAAAGCUAUCGAUGGUAGAGACUACGAGCGAUGUGGAAAACAGCAAUUCGCAAUUACUAACUAAUGGAAGAGCAGAUUCCCCGGAACACAACGCGGGUGAUAUGGAAGAAGCUUGGAAGAGUGGAAAAGACACAUCAGCGGACAAACAACCCGGCGAUUGUAAGAAGCCAUUUCGCAUGGAGCUGGCAAAUCCGAAAGAUAAAGAAUUGUUCAGUAACGAUCUGUUUGACGACAGUAGAAGUGACACAUCGCAGAAACAGCCUCGCAAAAAGCGAAAACGGGGGGGCGCUCGAAAAUCACGAAUGUCGUCCAAUUCGGAGUUGGAAUCUUCCAGUGAGGCAUCUGAUGAUGAAGUAAAUCAAAUUUCCAUAAAGAAACGACAACGGAAACGAACGGUAUCCUCCGCAGCGGAGGCACUGGAUGCCGGCGCAACAACGACUUCUCCUCGUAAAGAUAACUUAAAGUCGGGUUCAGGUUUGGUAACAAGCGGCAAUGAUGCAACGACAAAGAAAGCCACUAUACUCGAUGCUGAUCCUUUGGAAAAACCAUCAUCCCCAGCACCUGAUUUAGAGUCGACAUCAUUUGCCGCAGAUCGUUCGACAAAAUCGAAAGCGUCGAAAGAUGGUCAGGACUGUAUUAGCCUCAGUUCGGACAGCUCGGAUGGUGCCGAAGUGAUAUCGGCCGAUCCAGACGAAGGUAAGACAGCGCCGGACAAGGAUGCGAAGCGCAGAAUUCGGCCCAUGCUGAGCAACGAUGAACUGGCGGAAGAAACUAAAAAAGCCCAAAAGGAAGAAGAAGGUCGAUCGGCGCGGUUGAAAAAGAAGCAAGAGCAGCUGAAGAAAUGUCUCAUCACAUAUAAACCGGCGUCGGGUGAGAGUGGCCUAGUGCUGGAUUAUGAUACGGUGCGCCGCCAGGCGAUCAGCGUACACCCGGAGAUCGUGAAGCUGUUAAAACCUCACCAGGUUGAAGGCAUUCAGUUCAUGUACGACAACACGUACGGUUCGGUUGAUGCGUUGCCGAAACAUCCCGGUUCUGGUUGCAUUCUGGCACACUGCAUGGGGCUCGGUAAGACAUUGCAAAUGAUUACGCUGCUGCACACGGUAAUGCGCUAUCCGCAGCUGAUGACGAACCGUGUGCUGGUCAUAUGUCCGAAGAGUACGGUAAUGAACUGGAAGGAAGAGAUUUCCCGAUGGCAGGGCACUAUUCGUACAGGCUACCAGAUGCGGGUGUACUGUUUCGCGGACGUUUGUACGCAGAACGAUAAGAUAUCGGUGUUGAGGCGAUGGUACUCAUGCAAGUCGCCCAGCUGCGGUGUGAUGCUGAUCGGAUACGAAGCGUUCCGUGCACUUAUCAACUACGAGCGCCGGAAAGGAUCGGAGAGAAUGCGCAACACCAAACUGAAGCUUAUCAAAGAGUAUCUGCUGAAUCCGGGUGCCGAUUUGGUGAUAUGUGAUGAGGGUCAUCAAAUUAAAAACAAGCGAUCCGCUAUAAGUGAGGCAGUGUCUAAAAUCCAUACGAAACGGCGAAUUAUUCUCACGGGAACUCCGGUACAGAACAAUCUGAGGGAGUACUAUUGUAUGGUUAACUUCAUCAAGCCGUCAUUUCUGGGAAGCGACAAGGAGUUUAACAACCUUUAUGCGAAUCCGAUUAAGAAUGGGCAAUGUAAGGAUUCCGAUCAGCAGGCCAUUAAAAUUAUGAAGCAACGAUCUUACGUUUUACACAAUAAGUUAUCAAAAUUCGUACAGCGAAAGGAAGCAGGAGUAUUAAAGGAGUUCCUUCCCGCUAAAUAUGAGUACGUGUUAUUUGUUCCACUGACACCGGUACAAGAGAAAUUGUACGAAGUAUUUCUACAAAUGAACGAAUACACAAGCAACGACAUUACCGGCGAACCCGGCAGGACAAAAAAAUUCAAACUGAUUGCCGAUUACACCUCGUUACGCAAGAUAUGGACUCACCCGAAAGUAUUAGAGAAAGCAUGGGAGUUGGCAAAUUUGGAGAAAAAUCGCAAAGAUGCGAUCCGCAAAACGGCUACUCCGGACACGGACGAUGAGGCGCCCGACGAUAUCAACGAUAUCGCGAGUGGGCAGCUGUCGGUCACGAAUGACUGGUGGCGCCGAUACCUACAAAUGGCCGAUUUGGAAUCCCUCUUCCCAAGCAACAAGUUGUGGACUAUGUUCGAAAUAUUGAAACAGAGCAAUGAGCGUGGCGAAAAGGUGCUAAUUUUUACCGCCUUUGUGUCGGUUCUCAAUAUGGUCGAACAUUUUAUGGCUAAGAUCCAUAACCAAAGCGAAAACCAACAGCAGUCGGACGAGUAUGGUUACAGCGCAUUUAAGGGACCGUGGCGCCGGGGCAAAGAUUAUUAUCGGUUGGAUGGCAAGACACCAAAAACGGAUCGCCAUAAUAUGAUCACGUCCUUUAACGAUCCGCUAAAUACGACUACGAAAUGUUUCCUGAUUUCGGCAAAAGCCGGUGGUCAGGGCAUUAACUUGACGGGCGCAAACCGAGUGAUCAUUUUGGACACGUCCUGGAACCCAUCAAAUGACCAGCAAAAUAUUUUCCGCAUUUUUCGUCUUGGCCAGAAGCGCCAGUGCUUCGUGUAUCGGUUAAUAGCGGUGGGUACGAUGGAGGAAAAGGUGUACUCGCGUUCGGUUACGAAGCAGGCCCUCAGUUACCGGGUGGUGGACGAGCAACAGAUUGACCGGCAUUACAGUUACGGCGAGUUGGCGGAGCUGUAUACGCUGACAAGGCUUACAGAGAUGACGCGCGAAACGCCAAUUCUUCCGGCCGAUGAUAUUCUGGCGUCAUUGCUGCGCACCUUCCCGAACAAGAUUUUCAAGUACCACGAGCAUGACUCGCUGCUGGAAAACAAACCCGAACAAGACCUAAGCGAGGAGGAAAAGAAGGAGGCUUGGGCAGCAUACGAACGGGAAAUACAGAACAAUGAAAACCGUUCCUAUUUAUCGCAGUUUGGUUCGCUGGGUACGGCCGGGGCAGUUGGUGGUCUAUUUGGUACAUCACAAUACGGUACCACGAUGGCUUCGUAUUAUGCCGGGUUGGGGUACGGCGGUAUGCCAGGUUUGCCCAUUACCGGUGGCGACAUGUAUCGGAACGAUUUCUCCUCCUACGGUAAUACGAUUGGUAGACCGCUCUACAUGCCGUAUGGCGCACAGCAGUCUUACUCCUCAAUGCUGAACGAUCCUGCAUACGCGUCGGCAUUAGCAAAGAUGUUAAACUUUUCUAUGCCCGGCACGGCAGGAAUGGACUAUGGUAUGUCUUCGCUUCAGGGUCAUUCGUCACCAUUGGGCAAUGGUCAGUCGAUGCUGCCACCGGUCGGUCCAGCGACAGGUCAAGGGGGACCAUCGGGAAAAGGGUACGGCUCGGUUGGUGUUCUAGCGAGCAUGCUAAACUACUACACAGGUAAGGCGACGCCGGGUAGCAGUGGUUUACCUCCAUCAGCUCUAAGUGCAUUAGGACAAUCUCCGUUGCCCGGUUCGGCAAGUUCCUCGUUAGGAGAUAUCGCUGCGCAACAUAAUGCUUCAAACAGCACCAAUCCCAUGAGUCACUACAAUACGUUAAAACAGAUGAGUGAUUACGCACAAAGCAACUCGUCGCUUCUGCCACCGAACGCAAUUCCACCGCCGACACCGUCGGGACUGGCGAUUUCAAGCAUAACAUCACUCCACAAAUCGAAACCAUCAUCGGGUGGCAACCCAAGCACAAGUGGUGGUGGUGGUUUUGAUUCUACGAUAUUCAAUCGGUUGAGCGAACAGAUGGCUAUUUCACCACUUCCAUCGGCUGCUGGCCUUUCUAGUCCAUUCUCACCUCGAAAUGUACCAUUGCUAUCGCCGACGUUGGAUAACCAGACUAGAAAUAAUGCAGCACACGUCCCAAUUACUUCCUCGUCACUACAAUCAUUUACCAACGGCGCUAAUGCGAUUCCUGGCAGUAAUGCUAAUGCUACAGUAACAACGGCAAACGGCCAGAAUGCACCAGCACAAACAAUAACGAUUGGGCAAAGUAUGCAAAGGAAUACGAAACCGACGGCAGCCUCAUCGAGUCGAACCACCGUUGCCAGUUCGGUAGAAUCUAUCAGAUCAAAUUCCACCACAUCCGUUUUGCGCUCAACGUCUGGUACAGCGGUACAUGCCAGCGCAGCUACUAUUAUACCCAGCGACGAAGAAGACGAUUUAAGCAGUUCGAAAGCUAUUCCUCCAAAAGCACCGCACUCGCUAGAAAAACGUGCCACUACAACGAACUUUGGUAUCCAGUACAAUACGGCGCAGGACAAAUCUACAAACGCGUCCUCAAAUACCGGAGUGGGGGUGAAAGAUAUGUUAAAGAAUUUGAAAACUCUGAACAGUAAUAUAGCUCAACAGCAUGCAAAGCCCAUGUCGCCGAAGCUAUUCGCCAAACCGCUCAGUAUGCAAAAUUCUCAAACUGUUCCUCCUAUAAUCGGCAACACCAAUCCUAGCCGAAGUUUAGCUGAUCUAAGCAGUGUAGGUACAACCGCCACACUGCAGUCAAUGACGAAGACAACGGUACCGAUCAAACCAAAUCGAUCUUCCCCGACGAUUAGUUUAACAAAUCCCGUGAAAAAACAAACUACCGCGGUGAACAAGCCAACCUCGAUUGCUGCAGGGAACCCUUUGACGGCACAACCUCCAACGAACAAGACACUGUUACCAUCUGCUGCAACCACGUCAAACGCAUCACCAGUGCAAUAUGUGCGUUCUGGCAAUCCAGUUCAGCGAACGUCAGGAACAGCAGCUUCCAUCAGCACGGUGUUUCCGAAGAACACGUCUUCUGUAGUGAUUAAAUCACUAGGAACUACGACCGCAGGCGCCGUGCCAUCUUCGAACACUGCGACCACUGCUGCGGCUGCGACUAGAACCGUUAGCAGCACUGUGAAACCGGUAUUGGUUAGCGCAAGUCAACAGGGCAAAACAACGAACGCUUUACAGACGAGCAUAAGCGGGUUGCAAACACUGCCUCCCAAGACUUUGUCGAAUACGACAAUUACGCAAGUGAAAUCUGCUGCUGCUACAAUUCCUAAACCAAAGGUCGAAAGUCGUCCAAUGACGUUGACAAUGACGCCAAUAAAGACACCACCUGUAGGGGCAAGUACCGGUGGUAAGAUAGUUAAAAACCCAAUUAACCCCUCCACGACCACGAUGCCGAAGUUAGGUCAAAUACCUACAACACCGGGACUAAGCAAGGAAAUGCCUACCCGCAGUAGCAUCUACCGUCAACUAAGUGUGUCAUCAAAAGCACCUUCCAAUGCUAAAGCCACACCAGUUGCAUUGCUUUCAACACCCAUCAUGACAGGUAAACUUACCAAUCCCGCUGGAACAGUCACCACCAGAUUACCUUCAUCUGCUCCCGUGCAACUGCCGGCAGUGAAGAUAACAUCCGGCGUUACCGCACCUGCAACGAUCACCAAUCAGUCGGACUUAGUGGAUAAAGCGGGUGAUACGAUGUCGCAGUUGCCCCGUCCAACAACGAUCAUUACUCGACCAGGGAAAAGUCCAUUAACUGUGAACGCUGCAAGAACGAGCGUAGCCACCACAAAGUCUGGUCCAGCGAACAUCAUCACGACCGGAACAGGGCAACACCCAGGAACACCUCGUGUUUCUGUUAGCGGUUCCUUUCCGCAAUCGACAAUGACGGUGAUUCCAACGCGUAAUAUCACCACUACUGCAGGGUUGCAAAGACUGACCGCUUCUACUGGUGGCACACCAUCGGCAUCAGCAUCGACCUUAGCAGUUAUUCCAUCCACACCUGCUGCUGCAAGAUUGCAGCGAACUUCCUCGACAGGUGCAGCUACAACAACAUCACCAAUGGCCAUUGUUCCAACAGUAAACGUAAGCGGUAUGAGUUACAGUUACAAGGAUGGCGGACGCAAAGAGCUUAUGAUACAUAAAGCUGUAGCUUCGCCUACGAUGAGGCGAAUUCUACCGUCCGGAUUGGGUUCACAGUCAACUAUUCUUAAACCGAUAACAUCGGCGUCUGCUUCGAGAACUGUGCUGAAGCCGAAUGUACCGAUAGGGAACAUUAUUCGUGCGGGUACCGGCACCACCACCAACACCACUACCACAUCACUCGCCGGAAGUGUGCAAUCGGCACCAAAUCGUGUUUUUAUCCGCAAACGCGGAUCGGAUUCAAUUACUACGUUGGACGGCUCGAUACCCAAAAGUUCAAUCUUUGACCAGCAGCUGAAGGGCAAUGGUAGCAGUAAUACUACAAGCACAGCUGAAUCGGAUGCUUCCAAUAUAAAGCGUGCCAGACGUGAACAAACGAACAUCAAUCCUGCCGCCGUUACGAACUCGGUUUUAUCCUCGUUCGGCAUCACGAAUCGUGGAGGAUUGCUAGUUAAACCAAAAACAAUACCUUCAAUUAAAAACAACAAGGAAGAUGACCCAACCGAAGUGGUUGUACUUGAGUGAAGUACGUGUAUGAAAGAUUUGCAUUAAGGGUUAAUUUUUUUUCUGGACGUAAUACACCUCCAGAUUAAAUAGUAUUUAGUAGUACGCAAAACAUUUGUGAUGUUAAUCACAAAUUGAAGUGAUCCUACUACUGGCUACUUCAUCCUUUGAUUUAUCUAUUACACUAUCGCAUGCUGAAGGUAAAGAAGUGUAAUAUCAAACACCUUAUUCUGGAGAGAUAUAUAGCUGCUGUCUAGCAGUCAUGUACAUACUUUGUACAUAGCUUUUAAUCGUAUUGAUAUUGGAAGGGUAAAAUAAUUAAUUUAUUGAACCACAUAUAAGUUAAGAUAGGUUGGAUAGGGAUUGGUAAUUCACAUGUUACGUGAGUUACCCCGUGUGAAAGGUUCUGAGCGCGAUAGAAAGUAUGGUAAUAAAAUGCUUUUAUCCUAAUGUAUAAAAGGAACAGUAGAAAUACUAGACAGAAGCAUUAUGGCAUUCUUCAAUCGGAAUAACAAGCGUGUGUAUAUUGUCGAUUGACAGUGAGUUGUGUCACCAAUUCAAUAGCUAGCCAGGGUUGCAAGCUACUAUUAUGGAAACAAAGCUGUUCAAGUAUAUUGAAUAUCGCCGCAACAUCGCGAGAGAGAAAUUGCAUUUUAACGCUACUUUAACAAUAAGCUACCAAAACAUUAAAUAAUUGGAAGCGCACAAAACUAUCAACACAACGACAAGAAAAAUACCCACGAAGUGAUGAUAAUGGUGACACAGUGUGUGCACAACGUGAAGGGACGAUUUGUUCGUAAACAAAAAUCAAACUAGAAAUCCCGUGAGGUGUUGUGUAUUAAGUAUUACAUGCUAGAGACGGGACAUUUAAGCUUACCUUCCAUGUUUAAUGACUAACCGGGGGUUGAACACAAAAUUACGAACAAAAUGAGCCAGCGUACUGCUGCUCUUCGCUUGUCGAUUCUUUUCGCUCUUGAUGUGUAUGUAUCCAAGUAGAUGAGCGAGUUUAACUUUACGGCUACUAGAUGGAUCGCAAUGUAUUUGGUGCUGUGUAGGGUAAGUGUGUAGAUCGCUUUAGUUUUGUAAGAACCCAGAGAACCGACGUCACGUACGUGGGGUUAGAGAACGAGAAAUAAGAACUGAUUGCGAGAUGAACAAUCGCUUACACAAAUAAAACGGGAAUUGGGAGUAAGUAAAAACGAGCGGUGAUGUGUGCAAAAAAAAAAAAAAAAUACACUACCAGUGUACAUACAGGUGUGUGGCAUUGAGUUGUGAUUCUCAUAAGGAAAACGAAUUUAAAUAAAUUUU